AUGAACAACCACACCAUAUUCCGAGACUUCCAUAUUUUAGCAUUUUCUGCAAAAGAAGAUAAUCAAUUAUUACUUUUUGUUAUGUUUUUCUUUAUUUAUAUAAUUGGGGUGUCAGGUAAUUUUGUUAUGAUUACACUGGUUUUUGUAGACGCAAACUUGCACACUUCUAUGUAUCUUUUUCUUAGCAACCUAUCAGUUGUUGAUAUUGGCUUCACAACAACCAUUCUGCCUAAAUUAUUGGAUAUUUUACUAACAGGAAAUAACACAAUUUCUAUCCUACAAUGCUUCACUCAGCUAUACUUUUAUUUAUUGUUUGGCAGCACAGAAAUUUUGCUGUUGUCCUCCAUGGCAUAUGAUCGUUCUGUCGCCAUUUGUAACCCUUUAAAUUACCACCGUAUCAUGACCAAUAAGAAAUGUGUCCUCAUUUUAGGAAUCACCUGGUUAUCUGGAUGCCUGAACUCACUAUUUUAUACUUGUGUCGCAGCAAAUAUUCCUUUAUGUCUUUCCAAUGAGAUUCAUCAUUUUUACUGUGAUGGUAAAGCCUUGACUAAAAUUGCCUGCAGUGAUAAGAGAUUUAGUUUUGUGCUUUUAGCAGAAGCAUUGUUAUUUCUGCUUUUCCCUUUUCUUCUCAUAUUAGUAUCAUAUACUAAGAUUAUAUCCAGUAUUUUGCAAAUUAACUCCCAGGAGAGCAGGAGAAAAUCGUUCUCUACCUGCACAUCUCACAUCACUGUUCUAACCAUUUUCUACGGGUCAGCUCUUUGCAUGUACGGGAGACCACCUUCAGAAAAUUCUGAGCGACUUGAUCAUGUGUUUGCUGUGUUGUACACCUCAGUGACACCAAUGCUAAAUCCUCUAAUAUAUAGUCUGAGGAAUAAAGAUGUAAGGAGUGCUAUCAGAAAACUCAUUAGAGUACAAAACUUUGGGCUGAGUUAA